UCUGUCCGCAACUUACUAUUCCUUUCCUCCCCCUCCCCUUCACAGGGGGGCGGCUGACGGCGGCGCGAUGGACCUGGCUGGGCUCCUCCUGGACGAAGAAGGCACCUUUUCCCUCACCGGUUUCCAGGACUUCACGUUCCUUCCAGGACACCAAAAACUGAGUGCUCGAAUCCGAAGGAGACUCUAUUAUGGCUGGGACUGGGAGACAGAUUGCAGCUUGGAGGAGCUCUCCAGCCCUGUGGCAGACAUUACUGUGGAACUUCUUCAGAAAGCAGCACCCAGUCCUAUUCGCCGACUCCAGAAGAAAUAUGUAGCUCACGUGUCCCGGGAGGCUUGUAUAUCCCCUUGUGCUAUGAUGUUAGCUCUGGUGUACAUUGAGCGGCUCCGGCACAGAAACCCAGACUACCUGCAGCACGUGUCCUCUUCUGACUUGUUUCUGAUCUCCAUGAUGGUGGCCAGCAAAUACCUUUACGAUGAAGGGGAGGAAGAGGAGGUCUUCAAUGAUGAAUGGGGAGCUGCCGGGGGAAUGGCCGUGCCUACUCUCAAUGCCUUGGAAAGGGGCUUCCUGAGUGCCAUGGAUUGGCGUCUCUACACUGAUCCGCGGGAGAUCUUUGAGGUGCUGAAUUGGCUGGAGAGCUGCGUGGCUGAGCAGCAAGGGCGUCGGCGUGGCUGGUACACCUACACGGACCUGUGUGUGCUGCUGGAACAGCCGGCGUGGCAGCUGUCUCUGGGCUCCCUCUGCCAGCGGCUGGUCAAGCUGUCCUGCCUGUUAGCCGUGGCAUAUGUGAGCAGUGUGGCCCUAGCUGUGGCGUCGGUGGCUGUAAUGCACCAGUCCUUGGGGCUGUCCUGCAGCCCCUCGCCAGGCCCUCCUGACCUCAGACUGGUUUCCAAAGGCCUCUCGCAGCCCUGCCUGCCUCCCCCCAUGCCACAGUGCCUGACUAAUGUCUCCAGCUGCCCGGAAGGCAGCGUGGAGUGGCCGUCACUCUGGGGCACCCUUCUGGCCUCACUGACACCCCCUCCAGUGCCUCCCCCAGACCCCCCGGCCCCACCUACUCUUCUCCACAAAUGCCCCCUUUGCCAGAAGUUCCAGAGAAAUCCCCCAAACUGCCGUGCCUGCCACCAGCCUAACCGUACGGUGUCUAUUGGUCCUUCACGCCCCUUCUACCGUACCCACGGGCUGGCCCCACCCUGGCUCUCGAACCCGGUAGCCCCUCCAUUCCUCCAACCCCAGCAGUGUUCUCUUUUUAGUGUCAUGGAGCUGGCCCGUCUCAAGUCUUUCAUUUUCCCAGGCUAGGCAGGGCUCUGAGGAACUCAUUAAGAGGUUUUGGGAGUCCCUAAGAACCUGGGAGAGGAAAACUUGAUUUAGAUUUUUGCUACCUCUCUGGGUCCUUGGCUAGUCUCCUGUCCUCCUGAGUAGGAACGUGGGAUUAUGGGGCAGAGCAAGGUCGGUCACCCUCCUAGACCUCAGAGGCUGGCUAGUGGGUUAGGACAUCGAUAGUGCCUGGUACAGUUUCGGCUCAGUGACCAGCAGCAUGCCACCGACGACGACAGAGAAGCACCUCUCUUUCUGUCUUCUCAAGCCUGGGGGGUGGGGUAGACUUUUGCUUUUGCUUUUCCAAAGAUGGGAAGGUAGAGGUGGGGGGUGUGGGAGGUGGAUGAGGGGGGAAAUAAGACAUUCAUGUAGUUCUGUAUUUGUGAUGUCCCCGAGGCAGGAAAACCAGGGACGGUACCAAGAUGGGAGCCGCUGAGGGAAGGCUUCCUGAGGCAGGAAGCUUGCCACGCCCAUCCCUUGGAUGUAGUUGUCACAGCCAAGGAUUCCGGGGCCCUUCAACCUUGUCCUUUUCUCUUCCAACCUUAGCAUCCUGCUCCAAGGCUUCCCACUUGACCGGUUCUUUUCUAGGUGUUCUCCUUCCGGGCCUCGCCUCUCUGGCACCACUGCUUUGUAUCUGAGUUUUUUCACGCUUUUGUAGAACUGAGGUUUCAAUAAACAGUUUCUGUUGCA